AUGAGUGAUCACGAUGAUAAUGAUAAUGAUUAGGAGUUACAAGAAGAAACAACAACAAAUGCCCCUAAGUUUGAAGACUAUUCUGAUGUAUAAAAAGUUUAAAUUAUUUAGAUGGAUAAAACUUAAAUUCCUAUAUUUGAAAAGAAUGCAGGAACAGAUUGCUUUAAAAAAGGGGAUUAUUUUGAAGCUANCUAAUUUUUAUUCAAAAUAACAGAACAAUCAUCUAAUUAUUCAUGA